AUGAAUAUUUCAAAAACAAUCUACAUUAAAAAAGGCGAUUCUCCUAAACCACCAAUUACUAAUUAUUUUUAUGGUGAUUCAAAUAAUUCAGAGGUUAACAAAGCAUUAUCAAUUGAUAGAAAUUAUAUCAUUAUUUUAUCAUUCUUAUUUAUAUUUUUUGUAAUAAUAAUAAUUGUAACAUGUUUAAUUUUUGGUAUAAUAUCAAAUUUAUCUAAUAAAAAAAAAGAGAAGAAAAAUGAUAAUGAAAAUAAAAAAAGAGAAAAUGAUAAUAAUUACGAUAAUUUCAAUAAUAUGAUAAUGCAAUAUGAUAGAGGAGAUAUUUAUAAUAACAAUUAUGAAAAUAAAAAUAUAUUUCCAUGUAGUCAUCAUCAUAUACAACCAAAUAUUUAUCAAGAUAAUUUUGAAAAUAUGAUAGGAUAUAGACAACUAGUAUCUACAACUUUUGGUAAAUGUAUUUGUGAAAAUAAUUGUCAGGAUUGUACAAAAAAGAAAAAAUGUUUAAAUAUUCCAAUUAUAAAUUUAGAUGAAGAUAAUAAUAAUGAUUGUGAAAAAGUUUUAGUUAUUGAAAAAUUCAAAUUUGGACCAUGUUUAACAUCACAUAAAGGAUGUUUUACAACUAAAAAGUAA